AUGUCUGUUUACCUACCAACUGCAAUCCUAGAUCCAUUCGAAAAACUUCGACCAUUUCCAUCAAACCCACAAACCAUAUUCCAAGCUCACUGGCACGAAUUGGUAUUAUCGGCUUUAUUCUACUACGCGGUUCAAUCUUUGUCGUCUCCGUUGUGCACAUUCUAUUUGGGUUCUCGAUACACAAGUCUACCCAGAAACACUAGAAUUGAUUUUGAUGUUCAUGUGACUUCAAUGGUUCAAUGUGUGGUUUCUACUGUGCUUAUGAUCUACCACUUGAACAACCCACAUUGGCAGAAUAGGUUAAAUGACCCUGUGAAUUCGUUGUUGGGGUCUACUCCAUUUGGUUCCAUGGUGGGCGCUGUCACUGCUGGUUAUUUCGUUUGGGAUUUGUUUGUAUGUAUGAGGAAUUUCGAGUUAUUUGGUAUCGGUUUUCUGCUUCAUGCAGUGGCUGCAAUGUAUGCAUUUUGCUGUGGAUUUGUUCCUUAUUGUCAACCAUGGGCAGCGGCUUUUCUUUCGUUUGAGUUGAGUACUCCAUUUGUGAAUAUGAACUGGUUUGCCUCGCGUAUGCCAAAGGGUACAUUUAGCGAUAAAUUUGUGGUAAUCAACGGACUAUUGUUGAUUCUCGUGUUUUUUUUGAUCAGAAUUGUGUGGGGGCUUUAUGCCGUUAGUCAAUUGGCAAAAGAUAUGAUGGCAUCUUUGGACCAGGUUAGUAUAUUUACUCCAGCAGCACUUUUGACCAUGAAUUUUGCGUUGAAUGUAUUGAACAUUUUCUGGUUUUACAAAAUGGUUAGAAUAGCCAUAAAGAAAGCUAAAGGAAAAAGCUCGACUAGAAAAGCAAGUAAAGCAACUGAUAAGAUUGAAUAG